AUGAAUUUUAUGACAUUACCCAGUAUUUGUCUGGCUGAUGGUCAUGACCAAGCUUGUAUUGCUCCAUGCUUGAGGCCAUGUAUUGUGCCUUGGCAGUCGUUAAAGCAUUGCGAAAAUCAUGUCUGCGCUGGAUACCGAGGCUCACUCGAAUUAGCGACACUAUGCUUUAAAGCUUGCAGAGUGAUGGAAAGUGUAACACAGUUCCCUUUAUCUCGUAACGAUAGUCAAAAAUAUAUAUUGCCCAAGGUUGUAAAUAAUGAAACUCUGAUAAACUGGAUAUUAGCUCCUGUAAAUUGCAAGCCUUUUAAGGGGCAAAGAAAAUACAUCGUACCGCCUUUAAGAAAUUUUACUGCUGGUGGCCAUCCGAUUGUGAUCGACAGCGAAUAUAAGGACGAAGUCUGUUCUUGUCCCUUAGAGAGUUGGAAUGAUAAGAUGCAUAGUAUGAGUUACUAUAAAAUCAAGUCAGCCACAAAAGAAAUUAUCUAUAAUAAGCAAAAUAAUACAUUCGUCGUCAAUAUUACCUGGAAACCUCCAGAAGACUAUUUUGGGAAUUUCGAGAUAAAAUUUACUUUGGAUGUACUUGUGGAUAUUGCAAAUCCUAAAAAUACUAGCCGUACAAUAUGCUACGUGACGGAUAAAACCGAGAUUAGUUUCGUCUUGGACCAUAUCGCAAAUUUAUCUUAUGCUGCAACAAUUGACAAAAACUAUAUACCUUUUAAAAUUCUUAAAAUUCCAAAUACUGCCGGAUCCUUUGUCAUGGAGAAUAUAAUAAUGAACAAUUUGGUUAUGGAAAAGUUUAAAGAAAAAUAUAUCCCUAAAACUUAUAGCAACCUUCCAAUAUGGACGUGGGGAUUAAUUUUCGCAAUUAUAUUAUCAACUGCGGUUAUUGUUCUAAAAAUUCUCAAGCAUAAGUAUCGCCAGAGAGCACAUCCUGUGACUGAUGAAGACAUGAUCUGCAAAAAAUAUUAUGCUUUUAUAAUAUAUCAAUUAUCUGAGCAUGAAGUCAAUGAACAGUUAUUGCAACUGCUCAAUGAAAAUAAUAUUGGUUAUACAACUACUGCAGAACUUUAUAAUGCAAUAACUAUUCCAUUGCAUGAAAUGGUUAUGAAUCAAUUCUCGACUUGUAGAAAGGUAAUCCUUUACGUAACGCCGGACUUUGUUCAAAUAAUAAGUAAACAUCUCGAAAAUCUAAAUUCCGAUGACGGUGAUAAUGAUGAUUCGCAAACGAAGUUCGCUAAGUGCACUUGGUCAUUCUUAUUACUUAAACGUUAUGAACGCCCUGUAGGCAACGACAUCAUCUUAGUUACUGACAGUAGACAGUACGAAGGUAAAUUAAUAACCCGAGCGAGCCAGCUACUCUGCUUACCUUUGGUACCAAUAUACGAUCUGCGAUACGAGGCCCAGUGUAUGCAACUGGUAGAAAAUCUAAAAACGACAGUAACUGAAGAGACAAGAAAUCCUCAAAAUCGGGUUUAG